AUGGCCACGAACUACUAUCCCUAUUCAAAGUACACUCGGGUCUGGAUCCCGGACCCAGACGAGGUGUGGAGGGCGGCGGAGAUCACCAAAGACUACAAAGAAGGAGACGCGGCUCUGCACCUCAAACUCGAAGAUGAGACGACGCUGGAAUAUGCCGUCAGUCCCCCAAAGAACCCUCUCCCGUUCCUACGUAACCCGGACAUCCUGGUGGGGGAGAACGACCUCACAGCCCUGAGCUACCUCCACGAGCCGGCUGUUCUGCACAACCUGCGAGUGCGCUUCAUCGAGUCCAAUAACAUCUACACCUACUGUGGAAUUGUGCUUGUUGCUAUAAACCCUUACGAGCAGCUGCAUGUGUAUGGAGAGGAGGUCAUCGAUGCCUACAGCGGCAAAAACAUGGGUGACAUGGACCCACAUAUUUUUGCGGUCGCUGAAGAGGCGUACAAGCAAAUGGCCAGAGAUGAGAGAAACCAGUCCAUCAUUGUAAGUGGUGAGUCUGGAGCUGGAAAGACGGUCUCUGCCAAGUACGCUAUGAGGUACUUUGCCACCGUCGGGGGAUCGGCAAGUGACACAAACGUGGAGGAGAAAGUUUUAGCCUCCAGUCCAAUCAUGGAGGCCAUUGGAAAUGCCAAAACGACGCGAAACGACAACAGUAGCCGCUUCGGAAAAUACAUUCAGAUUGGUUUUAGCAAACAUUACCGUAUCAUUGGGGCCAACAUGCGAACAUAUCUCCUCGAGAAGUCCAGAGUAGUUUUUCAGGCUGAGGAUGAAAGAAAUUACCACAUAUUCUACCAGUUGUGCGCCUCCUCCAGUUUACAGGAGUUCCAAGAUCUCGGACUUGGGAGUGCGGAAGGCUUCACCUACACAUCGUUGGGGGAGAAUAUUUUUAUCGAAGGAGUUGAUGAUGCAGCAGAUUUUAUAAAGACGAGAGAAGCUUUUACGCUAUUGGGUAUAAAGGACAGCUAUCAAAGUGGCAUUUAUAAAAUCAUUGCAUCGAUCCUUCAUCUUGGGAACAUUGAGAUCUGCCCAGAGAGAGACGGAGACUCCUGCCACAUCUCGAAAGACGACCCGCACCUCAAACAUUUCUGCAGACUUCUCGGAGUGGAGCUGCAGCAGAUGGAGCACUGGCUCUGUCACCGGAAGUUAGUCACGGCCUCAGAGACCUACGUGAAGAACAUGUCCCUGAAGCAGGCCACCAACGCCCGGGACGCCCUCUCCAAACACGUGUACGCUCGAAUGUUCGACUGGAUCGUAGAACACAUCAACAAAUCACUGCACACAUCCGCCAAACAGCACUCCUUCAUCGGUGUCCUGGACAUUUAUGGAUUUGAAACAUUUGAAAUCAAUAGUUUUGAGCAGUUUUGCAUAAAUUACGCCAAUGAAAAACUACAACAACAAUUCAACUCGCAUGUGUUCAAGUUGGAGCAGGAGGAGUACAUGAAGGAGCUGAUCCCCUGGACGCUGAUAGAUUUCUACGAUAACCAGCCGUGCAUCGACCUGAUCGAAGCUAAACUGGGGAUUCUGGAUCUGCUCGAUGAAGAAUGCAAAGUGCCAAAGGGAACAGACCAAAACUGGGCUCAGAAAUUGUACAAGCAACACGGAAAGAGCGCUCACUUUCAGAAGCCGCGCAUGUCCAACACCUCGUUCAUCAUCAUUCACUUCGCAGACAAGGUUGAAUAUCAGUGUGAAGGAUUUCUGGAAAAAAACCGAGACACCGUCUAUGAGGAGCAGAUUAAUAUCCUCAAAGCCAGUGAGUUUCAGCUUGUGGCAGAUUUAUUCCAAGAAAAAGGCGACGCUCCGGCCCCAAAGUCGUCCAGAGUGAAUGUCCGAGCAGCGAAGAGCACCCCGAAAGCCCCCAACAGAGACCACCGGAAGACCGUUGGACACCAGUUCCGGAGCUCACUGCAUCUCCUGAUGGACACGCUCAAUGCCACCACCCCUCAUUAUGUGCGCUGCAUCAAACCCAACGACCUCAAAGAGGCCUUCUCGUUUGACUCUCGGCGGGCAGUGCAGCAGCUCCGGGCCUGUGGCGUUUUGGAGACUAUUCGUAUUAGUGCUGCUGGAUAUCCGUCACGAUGGACCUAUCCGGACUUCUUCAGCCGUUACAGAGUACUGAUGAAGAAAUCAGACUUGGUUGUAGCCGACAAAAAGGUUUCUUGCAAAAACCUCCUUGAAACAUUAAUAAAGGAGCCUGACAUGUUUCAGUUUGGCAAGAGUAAAAUCUUCUUUCGCGCUGGACAAGUUGCUUAUCUGGAGAAACUUAGAGCAGACAAAUUCCGUGCGGCAUGUAUCAAGAUCCAGAAGACGGUGCGCGGGUGGCUACAGCGACUGCGGUACACAAAGAUUCGCAAAUCAGUCAUCCUCCUUCAGAGAUAUGGACGUGGAUACUUGGCUCGACGGUAUGCAGAGUAUUUGCGGCUCACACGUGCUACAAUUAUCUGCCAGAAACAGUAUCGCAUGGUGAGGGAAAGACGAGCUUAUUUGAGGGUGAGGAAGGCUGUGGUCACUAUUCAAGCCUAUACAAGAGGCAUGUACACACGACGAAUCUUCAAAGAGUUCAUGAUGCACCACAAGGCCAUGAUAAUCCAGAAACAUGUCCGCGGCUGGCUGCAGAGAAAGAAGUUCUUACGUGCUCGCAAUGCUGCUAUCACUAUACAAUGUGCAGUGCGGCGCUUUAGAGCAAAGAAGCAACUUAAGCAACUCAAGAUUGAUGCCAAAUCAGCUCAACAUUUGCAGAAUCUCAACUCUGGGAUGGAAAAUAAAAUUAUCCAGCUACGGAGAAAAAUGGACGAACAGUCCAAAGAUUACAAAGAGCAUAACGAGCAGCUUUUCACAGCUAACACAUUGCUGAGCACAGAGGUGACAAAACUUCACAAGGAGCUGGAACAUGUCAGGAACCAAAAAGGCGACAGCAGCGAAGUGAUGUCUCUGCAGGAGCAACUGGAGCGACUGAGGGCGGAGCUGCAGGAGGCUCAUGUGCAGAGAACCAAGCUCCAGGAGGAAUACAGCACUGAGAAACAGGGACUGGAGCAGAGAGUUGAGGAGUUGGAGAAGGAAAACACGAUGUUGAAGCGUGAAAAGGAGAACAUGAACCAGAGGAUUUUGCAGCAGUCAAAGAGCAGUGAAGAGGUGGAAAGCAACAGAGACAACAUGCUGCAGUCGGAGCUCGACGCAGAAAGGCAGCGGUACCAGAACCUCGUGAAGGAAUAUUCAAGACUGGAACAGAGAUACGACAACCUCAAAGAGGAGACAUCACUGCAAAAGUUUCACCCGGGCCACAGGAGGAACCCGUCCAAUCAGAGCAGCUUAGAGUCCGACAGUAAUUACCCGUCUAUCUCCACCUCUGAAGUUGGCGACACAGAAGAAGUCAUUCAACAGAUGGAGGACAUGGGGAUAGAAAAGGCAGCGAUGGACAUCAGCCUCUUCAUGAAGCUUCAGAAACGAGUGCGCGAGCUGGAGCAGGAGAGGAAGAGACUGCAGACUAAUGUUGACAAGAUGGAGGAACUUAACAGGAACAAGAGCUCUGAUCCAAGAAGCCCAACAACAGAUCGGGAAAAUGCUGAUCUGGCCUAUAACAACCUGAAGAGACAAGAGUUGGAGUCUGAGAACAAGAAACUGAAGAAUGACCUGAACGAGUUGCGGAAGACUAUAGCAGAGAAGGCCUCACAAAACAACUCUCCGAACGAGCUGCAGGACGGCUACAACGUGCUGCUGAGUCAGUUGAAGUCCGCUACCGAGGAGCUGGAUGCCAGGAAGGAGGAGGUGCUCAUCCUCCGCACACAGAUUGUCAGUAACGCACAACAGCUGGAAAAGAAUGGUCUCAUUGAGUGCAGCGAAAAGCCGGACCUGAACAGUAAACCGCCUAUUGACAAAGAGGAGGCCAUGAAAGCCUAUCAGGGACUGUGUGAGUCUAAAAAACUCCUGGAGGCUCAGCUCCAGUCUCAGUCCAGGCAGCACAAAGAUGAACUGGAGGCUCUUCACACUCAGAUCGAGUUGCUAAAGGACGACAUUGAGAAGAAACAGGAAAUGCUGAACUACACCAUGUCUCUGUCUCCUGAGGCACAGGUGGAGUACAGCGUCCAACAAGAAAUCACGCGUCUCACCAAUGACAACCUGGAUCUCAAAGAGCUGGUGGAAAAGCUGGAAAAGAACGAAAAGAAGCUGAAAAAGCAACUGAGGAUCUACAUGAAGAAAGUCCAGGAGCUUGAAGCUUUGCAGGCGGCUCAGGCGAGCAGAGCGAAGCCAGAACUUAGUCGGCAGGUGACCGUGCAGAGGAAAGAAAAGGACUUUGAAGGAAUGCUGGAGUUUAGCAAAGAUGAUGCACCUCUUCUGGUCAAGUCUCUCAUUACUGACAUCAGUCCCAGCGUAGUGGCGGCCACAGUUCCCUGUUUGCCAGCGUACAUCCUCUUCAUGUGCAUUCGUCACGCAGAUUACAUCAAUGACGACCAGAAAGUGGAGUCCCUGCUCACUUCCACCAUUAAUGCCAUCAAGAAAGUUCUGAAGAAAAAUAAUGAUGAUUUUGAAAUGACAUCCUUUUGGCUGGCCAACACGAGUCGCCUCCUCCAUUGUUUGAAACAGUACAGUGGUGACGAGGCUUUCAUGACGCAGAAUUCUCCAAAACAGAAUGAGCAUUGUUUGAAAAACUUUGACCUGGCUGAGUACAGGCAGGUGCUGAGCGACCUGUCGAUUCAGAUCUACCAGCAGCUCAUCAAAGUGGCAGAGAGCAUUAUUCAGCCUAUGAUCGUGUCGGCCAUGUUGGAAAGUGAAAGCAUCCCGAGUCUGGCAGCGGUGAAGCCAACAGGAUACAGGAACCGCUCUUCCAGCAUGGACAACGACGGCAGUGGCCCCAGCAGCUACACACUGGACGCACUGAUCCGGCAGCUGGGUCAGUUCAACAGCAUCAUGGGAGACCACGGCCUGGACCCGGAGAUCGCCGAGCAGGUCGUGCGGCAGCUGUUCAACUGCAUCAACGCCUUCACCCUCAACAACCUGCUGCUGCGCAAAGACGUGUGCUCCUGGAGCACGGGCAUGCAGCUCAGGUAUAACACCAGCCAGAUGGAGGAGUGGCUCAGAGCAAACAACCUGUACCAGAGUAAAGCUGCUGCUACGCUGGAGCCCAUCAUUCAGGCCGCUCAGCUGCUGCAGGUUAAGAAGAAAACAUCACAGGAUGCCGAGGCAAUCUGUUCCCUCUGCACGGCCCUGACCUCACAGCAGAUUGUAAAGAUCCUGAACCUCUACACACCACUGAAUGAGUUUGAAGAAAGGGUCACUGUGUCGUUCAUCCGUAAUAUCCAGAGUCGCCUACAGGAGAGGAACGACCCCCAGCAGCUCCUGGUGGACACCAAGCACAUUUUCCCUGUUCUCUUCCCGUACACGCCGUCUGCACUGAGCCUGGACUCACUGCACAUCCCUGCAUCCCUCGGCCUGGACUUCAUCAACAGAGUCUGA